GGGCAGAGAACCCGGGGGCUGGAGCAGGCUGCCCAGAAGGGAAGUCCACCUUGCUGGGCCACUUACUCAUCGAUCCCGGAAAGUCCAUCUCGGCCGCUUAUCCUCCUGGGAAAGGUUGAGAGAAAGGAAGUAGGGGUCCCUACUCCUUUCUCCCACCUUUUUUUCAACAGGUUUCCGGGAAAAGAGGAAGCAAAAAGUGCCUGAAGUAGAUUUCUUCGUCUCUAAACUUGUGUUUGUAUUGUGUGUGGUGUGGUGUGUGUGGUGUGUUUUUGAGUGAAAAGCUGACUGUCUGCAUCUGGUCGCUGCCAGUUGCUGAAAGUGUGGGGCUUGAGCAGGAGGGGAACCAACCACAUGUGUUUUCCAGUGGGCACCGCGGGCACGGCCCCUCUCUCGGUGCGUAAGUCCCCUUUCUUCCUCUUAGAGAGCCUGGAGAAUCCGCAGGGUGCAGCUGCGCUCUUAACCUGGCCACUUCUGCCAAAGGCGAAGUUGCAGUCUAACCUCAGCCCACCGGCCCCGAGCCCUGGGCAUGGUGCUUUGCGCCGGCCGCCUCGGCUUGGGGCUGUUUCUUCCCAGAGCCUGCUCUCUCUCAGGGAGCCCGGAUUCUCUUAGUUCCGCCGGGGCCAAGACAGGCUUCCCGAUCCGGGCUGGCAUUUGCGAGGUCGUGUGGGAAAACCAGUCUGGAGGUUGUUUGUCGGCCUGUCCUGAAGAGAGAGAAAGAGGGUGGGAGAGAGAGAGUGGGAAGGAGAGGAGACAGCGCCACCGCCGCCGCUGUAGCCACGGUCACAAAGGGAGGAGGAGGAGGGAGAGUCCAGGUAAAGAGUACCUGGAGAUCAGCUUAUGGGCUGGGCUGGACGCACCAAGCGAAAGUGACAGACUGGCAGAGUCAAAAAUCCUGUGGGUUUAAGAAAACUGAGCUGGCAAAUUCUAUAAUCAGAAAUACAAAAAUAGCUGUUAGUAUUUCCUAAACUGCCGCCCGGCUCCCCACAACUGCAAGGGAAGCAAAGGACACUACCGAUACCACUGGCAGAGUCACAAUGUCAAGCACAGUGGUGUGGAUGACAUGGUGCUCCUGUCCAAAAUCACUGAGGACUCCAUCGUUGAGAAUCUGAAGAAAAGAUACAUGGAUGACUAUAUUUUUACAUAUAUUGGAUCUGUAUUAAUUUCUGUCAACCCUUUCAAACAGAUGCCAUACUUUGGGGAAAAGGAAAUCGAGAUGUACCAAGGAGCUGCACAGUAUGAAAAUCCACCCCAUAUCUAUGCGCUUGCUGACAACAUGUAUAGAAAUAUGAUUAUUGACAGAGAAAACCAAUGUGUCAUCAUCAGUGGUGAAAGUGGUGCUGGAAAGACUGUAGCUGCCAAGUACAUCAUGAGUUACAUAUCCAGAAUUUCUGGAGGUGGACCUAAAGUCCAGCACGUAAAGGACAUCAUUCUACAAUCCAACCCACUAUUGGAGGCCUUUGGAAAUGCCAAGACUGUACGGAACAACAACUCAAGCAGAUUUGGGAAAUACUUUGAAAUCCAGUUUAGUCCAGGUGGAGAACCAGAUGGUGGAAAGAUCUCCAACUUCCUUCUGGAAAAGUCCAGGGUGGUGAUGAGAAAUCCUGGAGAACGGAGUUUUCACAUAUUUUAUCAGCUCAUUGAAGGUGCUUCUGCAGAGCAAAAACACAGCCUUGGCAUCACAAGCAUGGACUACUAUUACUACCUGAGCCUUUCAGGAUCCUACAAAGUGGAUGACAUUGAUGAUAGGCGUGAAUUUCAAGAAACAUUGCAUGCAAUGAAUGUGAUUGGGAUCUUCGCAGAAGAGCAGGCCCUGGUGCUACAGAUUGUGGCCGGAGUACUCCACUUGGGGAACAUCAGCUUUAAAGAAGUUGGCAAUUAUGCUGCUGUGGAGAGUGAAGAGUUUUUGGCCUUUCCUGCUUUUCUCCUGGGGAUAAACCAAGACCGACUAAAAGAGAAACUGACCAGUCGCCAAAUGGAUAGUAAAUGGGGAGGCAAGUCAGAGUCUAUUCAUGUGACUUUGAAUGUAGAGCAAGCCUGCUACACCAGGGAUGCCCUUGCCAAAGCCUUGCAUGCUCGAGUCUUUGAUUACUUAGUAGAUUCCAUCAAUAAAGCAAUGGAGAAAGACCAUGAAGAAUACAACAUUGGUGUCCUAGAUAUUUAUGGCUUUGAAAUAUUUCAGAAAAAUGGCUUUGAACAAUUUUGCAUCAAUUUUGUUAAUGAAAAACUACAGCAGAUUUUUAUUGAAUUGACACUUAAAGCGGAACAGGAGGAGUAUGUACAAGAAGGAAUUAGGUGGACUCCAAUUGAGUACUUUAACAACAAAAUCGUGUGUGACCUCAUAGAGAACAAAGUGAAUCCCCCUGGGAUCAUGAGCAUCCUGGAUGAUGUUUGUGCCACCAUGCAUGCAGUGGGUGAGGGUGCCGAUCAGACACUGCUUCAAAAACUUCAGAUGCAAAUUGGAACCCAUGAGCACUUCAACAGCUGGAACCAAGGAUUUAUCAUUCAUCAUUACGCAGGAAAGGUGUCCUAUGACAUGGAUGGCUUUUGUGAGAGGAAUCGUGAUGUUCUCUUCAUGGAUCUGAUUGAACUUAUGCAGAGCAGUGAGCUGCCUUUUAUAAAGGCUUUAUUUCCGGAAAAUCUACAAGCAGACAAGAAGGGACGCCCAACCACUGCUGGCAGCAAGAUUAAGAAACAAGCCAAUGACCUUGUCAGCACCCUGAUGAAAUGUACACCCCAUUACAUUCGCUGCAUAAAGCCAAAUGAGACCAAAAAGUCCCGGGACUGGGAAGAGAGCAGGGUGAAACAUCAAGUGGAAUACCUGGGAUUGAAGGAAAAUAUCCGGGUUAGAAGAGCCGGUUAUGCCUAUCGUCGAAUCUUCCAGAAAUUCUUACAGAGAUAUGCCAUUCUGACCAAAGCAACUUGGCCAUCAUGGAAAGGAGAUGAGAAACAAGGUGUCCUCCACCUGCUACAGUCAGUCAACAUGGAUGUUGAUCAGUUCCAGCUUGGGAGAAGUAAAGUCUUCAUCAAAGCCCCUGAAUCUCUAUUUCUUCUUGAAGAAAUGAGAGAGAGAAAAUAUGAUGGAUAUGCUCGGGUGAUACAGAAAACUUGGAGGAAAUUUGUGGCCCGAAAGAAAUAUGUCCAAAUGAGAGAAGAAGCCUCUGACCUGCUCCUGAACAAGAAAGAAAGAAGGAGAAAUAGCAUUAAUAGGAACUUCAUUGGUGAUUACAUUGGGAUGGAUGAGCAUCCAGAACUCCGGCAGUUUGUGGGCAAACGAGAGAAGAUUGACUUUGCAGAUACAGUCAUCAAGUAUGACAGAAGAUUCAAGGGCAUAAAGAGAGACUUGGUUCUUACCCCAAAGUGUUUGUAUUUGAUCGGGAGAGAAAAAGUGAAGCAGGGGCCUGACAAGGGCCUGAUGAAGGAGGUGUUGAAGAGGAGAAUUGAGAUGGAGAGAAUUCUGUCUGUGUCUCUCAGUACACUGCAAGAUGAUAUAUUUAUUCUCCAUGAACAAGAAUAUGACAGUUUGCUUGAAUCCGUCUUCAAAACAGAAUUCCUAAGUCUCCUAGCAAAGCGUUAUGAGGAGAAAACCCAGAAGCAACUACCUCUGAAAUUCAGCAAUACGCUUGAACUGAAGUUGAAAAAGGAGACCUGGGGCCCAUGGAGUGCCGGGGGCUCCCGCCAGGUGCAGUUCCACCAAGGCUUUGGAGACCUUGCCAUUCUCAAGCCCAGUAACAAAGUGCUGCAGGUCAGCAUCGGACCAGGGCUACCCAAGAAUUCCCGCCCCACCAGAAGGAGUGUUACCCAAAAUAGAGGUUAUUCUCAUAGGCCUCAGAAUUCAAGCUACCCCAUGAGAGCUGCUCCCCCACCUCCAGGAUAUCAUCAAAAUGGAGUUAUCAAAACGUCCCAGUUUGCCCCUCAUUCCCAGGGACUUGGAAACACCAGGUCCAAUCAGAAAACCCUUUACACAUCUAUGGUGCGUCCACCCUUACCUCGGCAACACUCAACUGGUUCUGAUCGAGUUUCCCAGCAACCUGAAAGUUUGGACUUCUUAAAGGUCCCAGAUCAAGGAGCUGCUGGGGCCCGGAGGCAGACAACAAGUCGGCCUCCCCCAGCUGGGGGCAGACCCAAGCCCCAGCCCAAACCUAAGCCUCAGGUCCCACAGUGCAAGGCUCUGUAUGCUUAUGAUGCUCAGGACACAGAUGAACUCAGCUUUAAUGCCAAUGACAUCAUCGACAUUAUCAAAGAAGAUCCCUCAGGCUGGUGGACAGGCCGAUUGAGAGGCAAGCAAGGACUGUUCCCCAACAACUACGUGACCAAGAUCUGAACAAAGACGGAUGCUGGACCAUGUUUAGGGAGGAGUCCUAGAAAAAGAUGGAGCCCAGAACCUUUUAGGGGACUCCCCUUCUAAGUGACAGCGAGCAGCGUCUUCUCUGUAGUCUGGCAUUCCUGACUGUUCCUGACUGCCCUUUCGCUAGGGAGGUUGACAAGCCAAUGGGAGGGGGGUGUGGGGGUUGGAGUGGGCAGGGGAGUGGGUUAUAAGAAAUGACUCUAUCUAAAAGGCAGCCAAGUAGCCUAUGUCAUAGGAACCCAGAACGACCAGAUGUAACCCACCAAGAUUUAUUUAUUGUAUUUAAACUUGGUCAGAUGGAAGGGGGAGUCUACUCUGUCCUGGUGAUUUCUGUCGAAGCAGCAUAGUCACUUUCCCAUGCAGGCCCAGGAAAGCUUUAAGGGCUGCUGUUGACAAGUGCCUUUUAGUUGGAGUCUUUGUCUUAAACACACACACACACACACACACACACACACACACACACACACACACACACACAUACACACACACACACACACACACACAUACACACACACACACGAAAAAACCCCAACCUUUGACUCAGCCGCCUCUCUGCCAAUGCUGCAAUUCUUCCCAGAGGGAUCCAUCCCAAAGACCAUCAAAAGGAGGACUGACCAUGGAGUGUGUGAGUGGGCAGUUUCCAUCCAAAUGCCGAGGCUCUCCAAAAAGAGCUGGUUUGCACUUGGCCCCAAACCCUCCGGCUGGGCAGGAGCACGACGGGGUGUGGGGAGCGGGGAGCGGGUAUGGGGGUGGUGAUCCAUGUUGCCUUCUUUGCGUCUUAAAUUGGAAUGUGGCUGGCCCAUGUUGGUUUUACGUGUAAUGCUGUACCUAUUACAAGAAGGAUGUCUCUUCCUCAAGCUGUACAUUUAUAAAAACAGAUCAUAUACUGUAUAUACAAAAUCCUAAAAUGGUAGAAACAUGUAUGAAUGUAUAAUGUAGUAUCCCACUGUACUUAGUCAUAAGGUAGUUUUAUUAUAUGACUUGCACCAGGUACUAUAAAUAUGCACUAUUCCUUUUCAGUUAUAGAAUCAGUGUUACUCUUCUAGCCCAUGCCCUUCCCCAGACCCAUUUGGCUAUCGCUUCUCAUCAAUAAUCAUCUUCAUCUCCUCCAAUCCACUCCCCAGUUCUCACAAAUAAACAUAGAAAUGGGGGAGCUGCCUUGUUCAUUCAUGGGUUCAAGUGCAGGUUGGUAUUUCUGUGAUUCUUCCUUCUCUCCCCAACUUGUAAGUCGUCUUUGGCAUUUGGGAAACCGAGGCACAGAUACUGUAUGUCCUGAGUCUGUAAUUUAUUUUCUGUUUGAGAAAAUAAAACACGAGACCACAAACUAGUAUAAAGCACCUUGUACCUUGAGAACUGGAAACAAAACCCAAUUCAAUAAAAGCGCUUUUUAAAAGCUCUUUAGUUCCAUAUUAUGAGCUUUUAAGGAAAAGAAAUAAACAGAAAAUAUAAAGGGAAAGAAAAUAAGAAAAUGAAAAAAAUGAAACCUUUCUAUGUAGAGGUAGACAACACUUGGGCUACUGGCAACAAGGUAGGGGAAAACCAGAGGUUCUCCUGCCUGCCUGGUGCUUUCUUCUCACAAUAUCCCUGGACCCAAAGGUCAAAAUCGAUUCCUUUCCCGGACACCUUAUCUGUACCAACAAACCUCUCCUGCCCAAUCAAUUCUCACUUCCCCAAGACUAGCCUUUUUACCCAGUAUCUUCACUCCAACUCCCUUGCCCAGGACCUGACAGUCAUGAUCAUCCCCACCAUUAGGCCUUUCCCUCUGGGCAAACCACCCCUUAGCAUCCACUCUCCCUCUAGAGAAUUUGUGGAGGAAGGGGAAAGAAAGAUUGUUAAAGUUUACAAAUCACUUUACCUACAUGAUUUCCUGUGUGCACUAUUAUUACCUAUUUAUAAUUGAGGAAACUGAGGCUGAAAGAUGUUAAAUAACUUGCUAUGGCCAAGCAGUGUCAAAGGUUGAAUUUGAACCCAUUAUAUCUUGAUCUUAAGUCCAUUACGCAAUCCCCAGUAGCACUGCUGAGAGAUGGAUCCUUAAUUCCUUUGUUAUGACUCCAGUACAAUUUAUUUACUGAAUGUGGGAGAUAAGGGUGGUAUUUUAGGAGACUUAUUCUAGAAAACUUGAGGUGAAUUUAAACAGGGUCAGGAGGCAGCUAAGUAGGUGGCUUAGUGGACAGAGAGCCAGGUCCAGAGCCAGGUGGGCCAGUGUUCAAAUAUGGCUCCAGAUGCUUUCUAGCUAUGUGACCUUGAGCAAGUCAUUUAUCCAUGUUUGCCUAGCCCUUGCUCUUCACUUAGAGUUGUUAAUUACAAAGCAGAAAGAAGGGUUUAAAAAAGAAAACACUGAGGCUGGAUAAAGCCCAUCAGCCAGCAAUUCCCACUUCCAACACCCAGAAAAAUCUAUAGAAAAAUCUUUAGAUAGUCAUUGGCUAGGAAGAUGGAGAUUCUACAGAGCAGGAGGGGACCAACUACUAUUCACUUUCUUCUGGGGCUAUUAGCAGCUACUCCUUUCUGUAAUCAAGUGUGUCUCCCUGGGGUCUAGCAGCAACUGCCCAAAAUGAAACCACCACAUUUGAAGAUCUCUCCUGGGUAGUGUUUUUAUUGUUAGGCUUGUCCAACUUCUUAUGACCCCAUUCGGGUUUUCUUGGCAAAGAUAUUGGAGUGGUUUGCCAUUUCCUUCUCCAGUUCAUUUGACAAAUGAGGAAACUGAGGCAAACAGGGUUAGGUGACUUGCCUAGGGUUGCACAGCUAAUAAGUGUCUGGAGCCAGGUUUGCACUCCUAGCUUCAGGUCUAGCACUCUACUAAGCCACAAAACAACAUAUCUCCUUCUUCCUAGACCCUCACCCCACCACCCACCACCACCCUUCUAGUCUGGGUAAAGUACUUGAGUUUUAGUCAUUUCUUGUGACAGAUAAGCAUUUGACUAUUUUACUUGAGAAUUUUUCUUUUUGUUCAACUUCCAGAUUCUCAGUCAUAAUCCAAUUAAUUGAGGUUGGUAGAUCCACGCUGGAAACAUGACACCUUUCAUAACAAAAUCCCUUGCCAGGGAGCUGCUCUUAUCCACUCAUCAAGAGUCUCACAAUUACUGCCCAGAAGUUCUCUCUGAGUCCUCCCCUCCCCAAUGUUGCACCCACUUUUCCAUACGCUCCUCCUCUGGCCCUUCAAGGGGACAAAAGAGAAGCCCACAUCUAUCUGCUUCCUCUCCUUCUUCCUUCUAGAUCCUGUUUUUGGACUUUUUCCUGAGUAUCUUCCCCCAGGGCUCCAGCCCUGAACUGUGUUCUUGGACCAGGGCCAUCCUGCUACUGGGCUUCAAGCUCCCUAGUGAUAGCCAUGCUGCCCCCUUCCCAGCAUAUAUUACUUCCUCAUACAAGUGAACAACACCCUGGAAGCUGUCCCUAUUUGACCAAAAAAAAAAAAAGGAAGCAGCCAAAUGUCUGGGCCAGAAUCACAGUCCUUUACAGAUAGAAUCAGAACUAGAACCUUGAUGUUUCACUCUCUUUCCACUGCCUCCCCAAGGACAGAAUUAGUCUCUGACUUAAGCCUCAAAAAAUGAAAUAUCUACAGAAGGCUAAUGGAUGAUAAGUUGCAGCCUAAAAAUUGUAGGCUGUCUAAAAUUUGAAGAAAGACUGUGAAAUCUAGGAAUUUGAAUUCAUUUCAGACUUUUAAGAUUUCCCAUUUUCUUCCGGUUUUCCCCAUGAAUUUUAGAAUAUGGUUUUAGAGCUAGAAAGAAUUUUCUCAUAUUCCACUGACUUUGGUUUUUUGAAUCAACUUAUUGAUCAUGGAACUCUACACUAUCAGGUAACUGAGUACUUUCCCCAUUUUUUUCUAUUCUACACGAACCCAAAGUCUGACUGCAAAUUAAUUUAAUAUCAAAAUAUGUAUAAGCUGGUGUAUUAUAUUAUGGAUAACAACUCAGUUAUCUAAGUAACAACAAAUGUCAGAUGUAGAUUGUAAGCUCGUUGAGGGCAGGGACAAUACAUGCAUCUGUUUUACCUAGAGCUUUGUAAAUAGCAGGUACUCAUUAAGUGUUGGUUAAGUGAAUAAAUAAAUGCAUACAGGUGGACAAA